AUGGAACCGAUGGACGUCGACUGGGAUGCCGCUCAGGAAGCACGCCGUGAGCCAAUGCAGAUCGGCUGCAUUGGCAGCUUUAAGUACGACGCGACCAAAUCCGACACCGACGCUAUCCUUUCCCCGUGCACGGCCAUUAUCAACGUCGUCGGCCUUCUUUCCCCACACGGAUAUGGCCCAAUAGCAGAUGCAGCAAAUGAGGGCUUUCCAGCCGCCACGCAAGAUUGUAUCUCUGGAGGCACAGUGUUGAACCUGUUUGAACAGAACAUCUUUCAGCUCGACCUUAGAAACACGCAGGGGUACAAUCCACCUGGACCUCUGUAA